AUGGAAGAAGUAAACCAGUCUGCGGUGUCUGAGUUUGUUUUUCAGGGACUUUGUAAUUCAAGGAAGCUGCAGACAUUCCUCUUAUUGCCAUUUUCUAUACUUUACCUGAUGACUGUUGUGGGCAACCUCUUUGUUGUGCUAUUAAUCAUCAGCGACCACCAUCUCCAUUCCCCCAUGUACUUUCUCUUAGCCAACCUCUCAUUUGUCGAUUUCUGCCUUUCCUCUGUAACUACCCCUAAACUGACCACAGACUUCCUAAAGGAUAUUAAGACCAUUUCCUUUGGGGGCUGCAUGAGUCAGAUCCUUUGUGUGCAUUUCUUCGGAGGGGGUGAGAUGGUACUCCUCGUGACAAUGGCCUAUGACCGUUACGUGGCCAUCUGCAAGCCACUCCAUUACUCCAGCAUCAUGGACAGACAAAAAUGCAUCUGGCUGGUUGUGAUAUCAUGGAUCAUUGGACUUCUGCAUGCCAUGAGUCAGCUGGCAAUGAUUUUGAAUCUGCCCUUCUGUGGACCCAAAGUAGUGGACAGCUUUUUCUGUGAUAUCCCUUUGGUGAUCAAACUAGCCUGCAUGGAUACUCAUACUUUGGGAAUAGUGAUAAAUGCUGACAGUGGGGUUUUGGCAACAACUUGCUUCAUUCUCUUGAUGAUCUCCUACACUUAUAUCCUAAUAACUGUCCGCCUUCAUUCUAAAGAUGGAGCAUCAAAAGCUCUGUCUACCUGUACUUCCCACAUCACAGUGGUGGUGCUGUUUUUCGGACCCUGCAUCUUCAUCUACCUGUGGCCACUCAGCAUCACUUGGGUGGACAAGUUUCUUGCUGUGUUUUACACAGUAAUCACACCUCUCCUGAAUCCAGCCAUUUAUACAUUGAGAAAUAAAGACAUUAAAAAUGCUAUAAAGAGACUGAUAAACUAG